GUUACACUUACAUCAUUUUCUUAAAUUAAAAAAAGAAUAGUUUAUCAACUAAUAAUAUUUAUCUUCAACCCUGAAAAUUGGAAAUCGACGGCAAGAUCAAAAGGCACCGACGACGUCUCUAUUCUCCGUUCCAUCUCCGAUCCUACAAUUUCAAUAGAGGAACAUGAUGAGGUUGAAGACAUAUGCUGGUCUUAGUUUGAUUGCAACUUUGGCUAUUGCAUAUCAUGCAUUUAACAGUAGAGGGCAAUUUUAUCCCGCGAUGGUGUAUCUUUCGACUUCCAAGAUAAGUUUGGUGCUUCUUCUCAAUAUGGGUUUGGUUAUCAUGUGUGUUUUGUGGCAAUUGACAAAGAAGAUAUUCUUGGGUUCACUUCGAGAGGCGGAGGUUGAUAGGCUUAAUGAGCAAUCGUGGAGGGAGGUUAUGGAGAUUCUGUUUGCGAUUACUAUUUUUAGGCAGGAUUUUUCGGUUACGUUCCUUGCCAUGGUUACGGCUUUGUUGUUAAUUAAGGCUUUGCAUUGGUUGGCUCAGAAGAGAGUAGAGUAUAUUGAGACUACUCCUACCGUGACCAUGUUGUCUCAUAUUCGAAUUGUAUCUUUUAUGGGCUUCCUUCUUCUUAUAGAUAGCCUUUUCUUAUAUAAUUCUUUGAAGCAUUUGAUAGAUACGUGGCAGGCUUCUGUUUCUCUGUUCUUUGCUUUCGAGUACAUGAUACUGGCAACAACAACAGUGUCGAUUUUUGUAAAAUAUAUUUUCUAUGUCAGUGACAUGCUUAUGGAGGGACAGUGGGAAAAGAAACCAGUCUUCACGUUUUACCUAGAACUUAUUAAGGACUUGCUGCACUUGUCCAUGUAUCUGUGCUUCUUCUUUGUUAUUUUUGUAAACUACGGUAUUCCCUUGCACCUAAUACGGGAGUUGUACGAGACAUUUAGGAACUUCAAAGUUCGCAUUGCAGAUUACAUUAGAUAUCGUAAGAUCACUUCAAAUAUGAAUGAUCGCUUUCCAGAUGCAACCCCCGAAGAGCUUGAUGCUAGUGAUGCAACAUGUAUUAUCUGUCGUGAAGAGAUGACUGCUGCUAAGAAACUUAUAUGUGGACACCUUUUUCAUGUCCAUUGCCUCCGAUCAUGGUUAGAGCGACAACAUACUUGCCCAACCUGCAGAGCCUUGGUUGUACCAGCCGAAAAUGGAACAUCUGUUGCUGGGGGUCAGCAAGGAUCACAAUCAAAUGGUCAUCAACAAGGUCAAACCGAGCUUGACAGUGGGGGAGCAACUGAUAGUGUGAGUCGCCAUCAAGCUAGACUCCAAGCAGCUGCUGCUGCAGCUUCAAUAUAUGAGAAGUCUUAUGUUUAUCCCUCGGUAACUUAUUCUGUACGCAGUAUUGAUCUUAAUGGAGAACAAGCUUCAAGUGAGCAAGCACAACAGAAGUUUCAUAACCCUGGUGGGCCAAGAGAUGUACCCUUUCCUCCGAUGGGACAAUCUCUUCCUUCUCAACCAUACGCGGCGCCUUCCAAUUAUGGAGAGAGGAUUGGAAAUGAUCGAAAUUCCCGAAAGGUUGUGUUUGAAGCUCAUAAACAAAUGUUUCAAGAACAGAUUGAGAUUCUGCAAGAACAUAUACAGAAACUGGAGACCACCUAUGCUGAAGGAAGUGUAGAUGGUGGCAUGCCAUCAUCAGCAAGCAGAGACAAGCUUAGCGUUUCCUCGGAGAAUCAAGAGGGAGCAUAAAAUCGACUGUUUAUGUCGGGUCUAUAGCAGGGGUCUAUACCAGGAGAAUACUAAAUGUAGAUAUAGGAAGAGGAAACCAGGGGGAAUAACAGUAUUGCUUUAGUGUGACAUCUGUUCUUUGGGAUACUGAUAUUGUACAUGCACAGUGCCCCUUAAAAUUGAUUUCUUUGUUUUUUUUAUUUUAAUCGUGAGAUGAAAAAAUUGCUGAACAUUUUGUCAUAAAUAACCAUAAUAUGUGAUGGCUUCCCGGUUAUAAAUGACAUGUAUAUGUUUAGUAAUGUGAAUAGUUCCAUAUUUUUUAUGAUCAGAAAAUUUCUAUUAA